UGACAGUUGGCCAAGCCACCAUUUGGAACUUUCGCUUGUUUUCGUGUUAGCGGCAUUUUUCUCCAAUUUCCCAUAAAAAUUGUGUAAUUUUCUGUCCGCAUCCGGUGCAUCCCCGUCGAAAUGGGUUCCAAAAAGCACAAGAAACACAAAUCCGAGCGCAAGGAGCGGGAAGAGAAAAACUUGCUGCUCGAGCGUCCGCCCAGUUUGAAGCUGAUUCUGAAAGUCAGCGGCAACAGUUCGACGCCGGAACACGGCGGGGCCGAUUCGCCGGCGUACGGUAUCCACCAGGAUCUGAACGUGGCGUCCUUUUCCGGGGAAUAUUCCGGCGAGCGGCACAAGAAGAGCAAGAAGAAGAAAAAGAAGAAGGACCGCGAGAAGAAGCACAAACACCACAAGGAGAAGCGCCGGCACCGGGGUGAGGACUCGAGCCAGGAGGACUUUAACAGCGUCGGCGAUGAGAGUUCGCAGGCUCCGCCGGAGGGCAGUCUGUUUUACGGGGCGGCCGCCGUGGCUGGUGGCAGUUUGGCGUCCCUCCCGGUUACGAAGCCGCUGGUGCCGAUGAGGAGUCCCGAGCCGGAACCGUGUCCGGUAAUUCUGCAGCAGCCGGCAACUCCGGCUACCCCUGCUACGCCGGCCACGCCCGUUCCGAUGCUGCAAAAGGACGAUCUUAUCGCGCCCAGUUCGGUCACGACGGAGGAACCGAUGCAGAGUCCCGGGUCGGUCAGUCAGUCAACGUCGCGGCCGGGCAGUAAAAUGGACUUUCACGAGUCGAACUCGAACCUGGGGGCGCCGAAAACGCCCGGGUCGGAUUGUAGUGGCCGUGAGCCGCGGACUUGCGUGCUUAAGCUCAAGCAGAGUCGGUCCCCGUUGGCACGGCUGUUGGAUCAUCUGCUGAAGGCGCUGGAGAAGCGCGAUCCGCACCAGUUCUUUGCGUGGCCCGUCACUGAUGAUAUUGCGCCCGGGUACUCGUCGAUUAUUACGCGGCCGAUGGAUUUCAGCACGAUUCGGCAGAAGAUUGACGACAACGAGUACAUAUCGCUGUCGGAGUUUAGUGACGAUUUUAAGCUGAUGUGCGAUAAUGCGAUCAGAUACAACCACUCCGAGACCGUCUACCACAAGGCGGCCAAAAAGCUGCUCCACGUCGGCGCCCGCCUGCUGCAGCCCGAAAACCUGAUGCGUUCGCUGCGCCCCCUCAUGACGUACAUGCGCGAACUGACCCCAAAAGAGCUGGGCUUCGAACUCCCGGCGUCAUCCGACUCUGCCGAAAACGACCACCACCUGCUGGACUCGGCCGACGAGGCGGUUGCCGCGGCGGUGGACGAGGGCAUCAACGCGCAAAUAAACGCCCAAAUCGAGGAAGAUGAGAAGCGCAAACAAAUUCGGCUGGAGAACAAUCCGAAGGGCAAGUUCGAGCCGUUUGUGGACGACUUGACGGCGGAGGAGGUGCUGGCGCAGGUUCAGAGUGCGGCGAUGAAUGCGCGGACGAAGCUGCUGAAGAAGAAGUCGGCGAAUCGGAUGGGCUUUUUGCGACAGUUGAAGAACGGCACGACCAGCAUGAGCAUUUUGAUUGAUGGCGAGAAUAACGCGCCGGAGAAGGUAGUUUCGCUGGAGGCGUUUACGGGGAAGUUGCAGUACGGAACGGCGCAGCUGCAGGGAUUUAGGGAGGAUCGUCGGAAUUAUGCCAAGACGAUUAAACCGUUGAAUUAUGGGGCUUUCAGCUCGUUUGCGCCGACGUUUGAUUCGCGCUUUUCGAACCUCUCGAAGCAGGAGUCGGAGCUGGUGUUGAACACGUACGGCGAUGAAACGGGGGCGGAUUACGCCGAAAGUAUUAUGAAGUACACGAAGGAUAGUCCGUACGCGGGUGGCAUCGCGCACAGUCUGCUGGACAUCUUGACGAAUGGGGAGCAUCGCAAAACUUUUGGGACGCUGUACGAGUCGGACAUGCAACGGCAGGAAAAGGACGCCGUCAAGCACACGUUUCCGGAGCCGGUCGAGCGCGAACGGGAAGAGAAGAAGCUGGCGGACGUGAAGGUUGACUUCAACGCGUUGCGUUCGCUGAGCGAUCUCGGCGUUGACGUGGGAUUCUUGGACGAGUUUGAGCAGCAGCUGCAGAGCGCGAACGUAACCAGCUCGCUGCAGCAGUCGCUGAACGUCAACUCGGGGCUCAUUCACAAGUUGCACCAGAUUCAGUCGGAUCGCCUUUCGGCGCCGCUGCCCGGGCAUUUGUCGUUUGUUCAGCGAGCCGGCGAGACGGAGAUUGAUUUGGCCGCGCAGAUUACAAACAAUUUGACGAAUAUUGCGAAGCAGCUGCCGCCGGUGGCGCUUGCAUCGCCGCAUGGAUUGCGGAAGGCGAUGGGGAUGAGUAGUGUCGGUUUGGACAUGUUCCAGACGCCUCCGGUUGGCAUCAUCAACCCGCAACCGAAUCUGGGAUCCAACCAGCAGCAGCACAACAAUCCACCGGGAGCGGACAUCAUCGACACCACCCCGAUGGACAUGGAUCUGGAGCCGGAACCGAUUGGGACCGCCACGAGCGCCGUCCACCAUCAGCUUCCCAACGCGAACCCCUCCCAGGUGGACAUUGACAGCGAGUUGCGCGAACUGCUCGGCUCGUCCGGGGGUGGUGGGGAAGGGGGUGAAUCGGAUGCCGCUUCCGGCAUCGAGGGGAUGCUGAUGGAUUGAAGUUUUUCACUUCUUAUUACUUUUUUUUUACUUUGUGUUAGGGUACUUGUGCGUUUAAUUUUCAUUGGUAAGGAGAAAGUGGGGAAAAGAUAGAGGGAGACGGCACGCGAGAUAGAGAUGAAUAAGUUUAUAUUUUUAUCCUUCUGACUACUAACG